GGGCGUGUUUUUGCGCUCUUCCUACAUCACGUCAAGGUAACGAAUCCACACCAUUGUACAACCAGGACAAAUACAUAAACACAACUGAAAAUGGAGCACAAUUUGGGAAUAACAAUGGCCGUUGUCACGCUGUUUUGGGGAUUUGUCGGUGGACUUGUCCCGUGGUUUAUUCCCAAAGGGCCGAACAGAGGUGUCAUCGUAACUGUGCUUGUGUUAACAGCCAUCUGCUGCUACCUAUUCUGGUUAAUAGCCAUCCUGGCCCAGCUGAACCCCUUAUUUGGACCGGCACUGAGCAAUGACACAAUUUGGUACCUGAAGGAACACUGGCCAUAGUGGGUGAUGCAUUAUCCUACAUUAUAGGAAAAAAUCUAUCUCACAAGGGCACAACCAAUAUGCAACAACAGUUUAGAUUUACAACACCUGUGCAUUUUAGAAGACAUGCUAUCAAACUUGUUCUCAAAGUAUGACCGAUUUUGAUGACCUACUUGUUAUUCCAGAAUCUUAAGUUUCACUAACGGCACACAAGCAACACAAUGCCUCUUUCAUCUUCUUACUUUAAGUUUUGUUUCCUUCUUGGGAGUAAAUAGAUGCUAUUAUUUACUAAAAGGCUUGGCAUGCAGCCUAGGGCCUUGGGAAGAGUAUCACAGACUGCUGCUGCUGAACUCAAGGCCCAGCGCACAGCCCUACACAAGCAAUCGGGCCCUUCCCUCCGAUGGAAUCCUUAGCUUGUUCAUCCUCCAACAAUGAGACAUUUUCUCGAACAUUCAUUGAAUCAGCUGCAACAUAUAAGCUGUACAGGACUGACUUUUAGGAAAUGUAAUCUUAAGAGCUGUCAGUUGUUUUUUGCCAUGAUAAUGGCUUAACUUUUCACUGUGUAUUUUUUUAUUUUAUUUUAAUACAUAAAAUGCAAAUAUCUGUUUUGUACUUAUGAAAAAAAAAAGAUUGAGUCGACUCAAAGUGUGUUUCAAUGCGACGUAAACUUGUGGUCAAUAUUUAAAAAAAUAUAUAUAUAAUUUUUUUUUAAUAUUGACGAAAAUUCACAGUUUGGGCAAAUGUAUUUAAAUAUCUUGUUUUGAGGCAGAACUGCGUUAAAAUGAUGUUUUAAUGGAUUAAAUGCAAAUAUCUGUUUUGUACUUAUGAAUAAUAAAAGAUUGAGUCACUGUAUAUUUUUUAAUUAUAUUUUAAUGCAUUAAAUGCAAAUAUCUGUUUUGUACUUAUGAAUAAAAAAUGAUUGAGUCGA